CACCUUAUUAAAUCCACCUUGGCUGACUUUCAGCCAAAAACUGUCGUCGCCAUUUACUUGUUGACGCAUUCGUACAUAUACACUUUUAUUAAGCCUUUUAUUAGCAAGAAAUUUGUUCUUUCGCCUUUCUAUAAUUACCAAAACGUUAGCCAAUUCAAAGAAAUAUAUGUUGUAAUAAACAUACCGGCAAGCAAUGGUUGAGCCACAAAUCAGUCGACGUAAUGCUUGCAUUGUUGUGCUGGGCGAUAUUGGACGUAGUCCACGCAUGCAAUACCAUGCCGCCAGUUUAUUGGAAGAAAAUUUCAAUGUUGAUCUUGUUGGAUAUGUCGAAACGAAGCCGCUGGACGCGUUAAUUGUUGCCCAGCCCAAAUGCAAAAUACAUGAGCUGUCACCAGUGCCUGUUACAAAUCUCACGCCUAAAUUAAAACUCAUUUUUAAAACAAUCUGGCAGACAUUGAGUUUACUCAUAGCGUUAGUUUCCAUACGACGACCAAAUUUUUUACUCGUGCAAAACCCACCAGCCGUGCCUACAUUGGUCGUUUGUUACCUGUAUUGUGCGAUCACUCGAACAAAAUUUGUUGUUGACUGGCAUAAUUACACGUAUACCAUAUUGGCCUUAGGCACCGCGGAGGGGGAAAAGAGUGCAUUUUGCCGUUUAGCAAAAUGGAUUGAACGUUCAUUUGGUAGCAAAGCGAGCGCACAUUUUUGCGUGACCAAAGCAAUGCAGCAAGAUCUGCUGCUGAAUUGGAAUAUCGGUGAAGCUGUUGUUCUUUACGACCGCCCUCCUACACAAUUUCAUCCCAUUGAAUUGGCACAGAAGCACGACCUCUUUAUGAAAUUAUCGAAAGAUUAUCCACAAUUUCUACCUAAAUGCUACGCUGACUUGAAGGAGUCAGGUGUUAUUGAAACAACGGCUUUAACGCAAAAAUUAAUAAAUGGAAAUGUUUCGUACAAGUCGAAUCGAGUGGCUAUCGUUGUAUCUAGCACCAGCUGGACGCCGGAUGAAGAUUUUAGUAUACUGCUGAAAGCCUUGGAGGAGUAUGAAAGGACUGCUACGGCGCGUCCAAAUAAUUUCCCCACACUUUUGUGUAUUAUCACGGGCAAAGGGCCACAGAAACAAGAGUACGAAACACAAAUAGCUAAACUGAAGUGGGCCAAAGUUUCAAUUAUAACACCUUGGUUAGAAGUAGAGGACUACCCUCUGAUUUUAGCAGCGGCCGAUAUAGGCGUGUGCUUACAUUGGAGCAGCAGUGGGUUGGACUUACCGAUGAAAGUAGUAGAUAUGUUCGGAUGUGGACUACCGGUAUGCGCGUAUAGUUUUAAAUGUCUUGGCGAAUUGGUUACGCAUGGACAAAAUGGAUUCAUAUUCGAAAAUCAAAAAGAACUGGCAGAUCAACUGAAAUUCUGGUUUGAAAAUUUCCCUAAUAAUCCAAGUUUACUAGAAUCGAAGGAACGUUUCAGGAAAAAUUUGGACGAGUUCCAAUCAUUGCGUUGGCAUGAAAAUUGGAGGAAUAAUGCGCUACCUGUAUUUAACUUGUUUACUUAGGAACACUUUUCAUUAUUUUAAUGUAACUUUCUCUUUAUUCAUUGCUUUUUGCAUAAAAAAAUAGUAAUUAUAAGUUUCGAUUACAUGAAUUUUUGAAAUAAAAUUAUUUUUAAUAUUAA